UGACCAAGAUGCUUUGCGCCGAAACGAACUUCCUAGUUACUUUGCCGCUUGGCUUCCUCUGCUGCCUGUCAGCUGUGUUUUCUACAACAAUAACUGCAAGGAAGAUAACUGUACUGCAGUCUGUGAGCCAACAGAUCACAGAGAAAAGAGGGAGUUGUGAAGUCAACCUUGUACAUCUCAGAGGAAAAGGAGAGACCGGUAACCAGAAUGGAGGAUUUCAGACGGACGUACCUGCGUCUGUGUAAGGACGGAGGUGUGGAGCCUCAGGAGAGUGUCGUGGCUCAGCUCCAGGAGAACAGGGCUGCUCAGGGCUCCAGACUGGACCUGAGUGGACAGAGCCUGUCUGCAGAUACCUGCUCUGUGCUGGCCAAGGCCUUACAAAAAGACACCAUCUUUACAGAAGUGUCACUCAGUGACUGCAUGCUCAGCGAGGAAGGUGCUACAGUUCUGCUGGCUGGACUGUUUGGCAACACAACCGUAAAAGUCCUGGAUUUGAAGGGGAAUAACUUAAGAUCCAAAGGAGCUGAGGUGUUGGGAAGGUUGCUGGCACGUAACAAGACUCUGCAUAGGCUGGUGUUGGAGUGGAACGCUCUGGGGGUGUGGGAUGAAGCUUUCUCGCUAUUUUGUGAAGGUUUGGCCUCCAAUAGCGUGCUAACACACCUGGACCUGCGCAAUAAUCAGAUUCACCACCAUGGAGCAUCUGAGCUGAGCCUGGCACUUAAACACAACAAGACUUUGGAAGUUCUAGAUCUGAGGUGGAACAACAUUGGUCUGCUGGGUGGCAGGUCUCUGCUGGAGGCUCUGCAGAAGAACCAGAGCAUAGUGCAGCUGGAGAUGGCAGGGAACAACAUACCUAGUGACACGCUCAGAGCCCUUGAGCAAACCACAGGGCACAACAUAGACAGACAGUCCACUCUGAGAGAGAACCGCAGCAGGAGCCAGGUCCUCAGCAAGGAGAUUCAUAAACUAAAGGAGGAGAAGGGUCAGCAGUUCUUAAGCCUGAUGGAGACCAUAGACAGGCAGAGGGAGGAGAUGGGACGUUCCAGCAGGUCCACCUCCGUUCGGAUAGACCAACUCCAGGAAGCUCUGAAUGAGAGGAAGUCGGCUGUCAACUCUCUAACUGCCAAACUGCAGAUGACAGAGGCUGCCCUCGCCCUCUCUGACCAGAAAAACCACAACAUGGGAGAGCUGCUGACAAGAGUGAAAGCUGAGACAGAAGACCUGAGGGAGCGACAGAGUAGAGAGAGGAAGAAAGAACAAGAGGACAGUGCACUCAGAGAGGGCAAACUCCUCAGAGAGAUCCAUAACCUGACAGAAACCAACGUCCAGCUCAAGAGUAAAGUGGAGGAGAUGGAGCGCAGGUGUAAGUCUCAACAGCAGCAGAUCUUUGACCUGAAGCAGGAGCUGACCAACAGCACAGCAGAGCUAAAGCUGCGUCUAACACAGACAGAAGAACGUCUGGAAAUAGAGAAGAGAAGGUCCAAGCAGGCUCUGGAGGACAUGGACAGUCUCCGACAGAAGGAGGUGGAGCAUGUGACUCGACAUCUAGAAGAGAGUGAGAGAGCUCUUCAGGAACGCAUCUUCAAAAUGGAGGGACAGCGGAUACAACUGGAAGAGGAACUGAGUAAAGCUAAAGCAGCAUGUGUAACAGAGAAAGCCCAGGCUGAAGAGGAACUGGGCAGAGUGAGAGCUCAAGUGCGUUUAGAGGAGCAGGAGCAUCUAUCGACACUGGAGGAAAAGCUUCGCUUGGUGCGUUCCUCCCUGCAGGAGGCACAGCUCCACUGCUCCCAGCACAAACAGACCAUCUCUGAGCUGCAGGUGAAGAACAGCCAGCAGAGCAUCGAGAUGGACGGUCUACGGCGAAGGAUAGAGGAGCUUCAGCAGGAGCUGUCGGGUAAGGACCAGGAGAAAGUGGCUGAGGUGAGCCGGGUGAGGGUGGAGCUGCAGGAGCAGAUUGGACAUUUACAUGCAGAGAGGACGGCACAGGGAGGACUCAAAGAGAAGAUUAGCGCUCUGGAGAGAGAGCUUAAAGUACUAAGCAGUAACCACAGGGAGGCACUCCUGGACAAAGAGAGUGAGAUGACAUCAAUGCUGGAGAAGCUGCGACUGAGAGAGGCAGAGAUCCAGAGGAUGAGGGAGGACGAGGCACAAAGAGCCAGCUACCUGCAGAGCGCCAUUCUCACCUAUGUUCAGGGCUCCCCUCUGGGACACUACAGCAGCACCAAGAAAUGACCCUGACACCUCCACACCCCCUCUACAAGGUGCACAAGCAGUCUUGAAAAAAAGGCUUUAAAAAGGGGUGGACACCUUGUUCCUAAUCCCAGGUGAUUCAACUCAGCAGAGCAAGUCUCAUCUACAAGUCCCAGCAGGUCUACCUAGUUUAAAGGAAGAGGUGGUCAUCUUGCUUACAUCAUCAGUGAAAUCUUAAAAGAAAAUUCAGCUUCAUUAUUACAGCUUCAGUUUUAUUUUCAUGCGUUGUUCAUCAUUUCUAUCAGUCAUGAUAACAUUAUAGUCACUGAUGUAAAAGCUGGCGUGACACAGUGAGGAAGUUCAGCCAAUCAGCGCAAGCAGUCCAAAGACGGGCUAGAAACAGGAGAACUUUUACUAGAUGUUUAAACGACUUCUGGAAUUAAAAGUAAAAGUGAGUGCAAAAACUGUUGGCAAAGCUGUAGGAGGAAGUGGCUCGGUUUUGAUUAUGAUUCUACUCUUCUUAGAGUUUAGCUAACUGCUGCCUGACCUCCUGGUCCGCCACAGUCUCUGACCUGUUCUGGUGUAAUGCUUUUGAGGGCUGUUUCCAUUGUCUGGAGAAACAGUUGGCUAAUCACAGAUUUGUAAAUUGAAGUAAGAAUGGGUAUGCCAUCCUCCUACACUUGCUAACUACUCAGCAACAACACAAAAAUGGCAGCAGGUUCACACACAGUACAAUUUGUUCGAAGUCCACUGCUAGAAAUAACAACUCUUAAUAGUUCUUCGAUUCUUGACGAAAAACAAAGCAACCACUCCCACAGCUUCUGGACUGCAGAUGACAUCAGAGGGACAGACACCUCACUCGCUUACUGACCCUGUGUUCCAGUCACAAUAAUGGUCGGAGUUUCCUGGCCAAAAUUUCCAGUUUUCAGCCUCUAAGUGUUUCAGGUACAAGACACCAAAUGUAGACAACAGCUUGUGAAGUCAGGGUAGAAAGAUCUGUUGAGAGUUAAUGACCAGGAUUCAGACUUUGUACUUUUUGUUGUCAGUGGUGGCAAUGUUUGGGUUCCCAGUUGUCUGGAGCACAGCCUAACAUACUGAUUGGCGAGGGUGAACAAAAAAAAAAGAUCCAUGAAAAGCUGGAGCUACACUUCGGUGCUAGGCAACACUGUCAGUCAGCAGCAAUGUCACAUUCUUAACUCAGCACUCUGACAAUGCACAAGGACAACAUGCUGAUGAUGAGCGUUAUAAUGUUCAUACCAUCUUCAGCAUCUUAAAUUAGCAUGCUAGCACCCUGACAUUUCCAAAUCUCAUUUGCUAGUUUUCAAAAUCUAUUUGAUGCAAUCCAUCAAAUAGGUACUGACAUUCAGUCUAGACCAAAGUGGAGGACAGACCAACCGAUAUCACUUUAUCUAACUCCAUACUGCAAGCAAGGCUGAAAGCUACUGGCCUGACAUCCAAGACAUCUGCUGAAGAUAUUCAAGGCCCACAGAGGAUGAAUAUUGCAUGCCUGAUGUCAUCAGAGACAUUUAAGAUCAUUAGACAAAUUCAGCACAUUAAUUGAACAGUUCAGAAAAUGAAAAGCAGUUAUAAUGUCCUCACCCUCAAAUGAAAGUCGGGUGAAGUUUCUGAAGUUUCACAGUAAGACAGUUUGGCAGCAUUCUUCUAGAGCUGUCUUUGCAAAUCGAUUUGGGAUCGCCAGGCUUCCAAAGACUUGGAUUAAGGUGCACAAGUUGUGUGAAGCCAUUUUAUGCAACUCUGUUUUGCCAUGAAGCUGUCAGAAAUGAUUUGUUCACUACAAAACUUAAACCAAAAAUGAAGAUUCAGUCAUCAUCUCCUCGUCAAGUUGGGUUAACUACUCCUUUUUGAAGGGGCCAAAGACCCUGUUCUAUUGCCCCCCUCUUGGCAAAAUUGGUAGUGGUCCUCCGAACAUGUCAGUAAUCAGUGUUGUUUAUUGAGUCCAGCUCUUUUAUGUUGCUGUGUGUAAUGACCACUUAAGCGCCUAACGGUUGGUACCAGUGCGUUGGACUUUGACCCUUUUUUUGCUAGCUGGAUGAGAUUACUGCCAGUCUCAAAUCAGCCUGUUUUAUCUCUGCUCACAGUCAAAAUUCAGAGUAAGAGAUGUUUUUACACAUUAAAAGAGAUCUAAAUCCUGUCAUUUUUAAAAAAGUAUGUUAUUUCUCCUCAAAUAAAAAAGUAUUUUAAACAUCAAACUGAAAGAAAACAAUAAGUGCUAUUGCAUCUUAAUUAUAGUCUGUCUUAUUCCAUCCUGAUUCUAAUGUGCUCCAAUCAUUGCCAAAUGAUCUCCAUUUUUUAUUUUUAUAUAUAUAUUAAAUAUACACACAUAUAUAUAUAUACAUAUAUGUGUGUGUAUGCAGUAUACAUAUUUCAUAUGUAUAUACAUUAAAUUUGUUCUUUUGAAAGAUUAAUGUUGCAUUAUUGUUCUUCAGGUGUGGAUGAUUUGGAUUCAUCUUUCAUUCUAUUAAACAGAUAACAUACAUGG